AGGUGAUCAUACUUAUUCAAAAAAAUAUCCAUUCGCAGUAGUGAGCAGAACUUAAAUAUUGAAACACAAUGGCACGUUUCGAUUCAAUUACGAAAAUUCUUCAUGGACGGAGAAUGCCACAAAUUUACGAUCCAAACAUUUCUGUCGGUCAAGUGAUACUAAAUGUUAUGUUUAAAAAUAAGAAUAAAGUAAUUCAAAUUAAUGACGACGAUGGUGUUGAAGUGACUUGCUCUAAAAUGGCAUCAAUGAUGACAAAUAUAGCGAAAAAUUUAUACAGACUAGGAUUUAGAAGUGGGGACGUUGCUGGACUAUUUGCAUCGCAUACAACUUACGUAGCACCAGCAAUAUUUGGAUGUCUACUCAUAAGACUUCCUGUGAAUCCAAUUGAGAAGUCAUUUGACGUUAAUCAAAUUUUGAAUAUUUUUCGAGAAACGAAUCCAAAGGUUGUGUUCUGUGAUAAUAACGUGGUAGAUAAACUGAUGGUCGCAUUAGGUAUUUUAGAAAGUGAAGCAACAAUUGUGAUACUAACGGACAGAAUUGAGGGAUUUGUUCACAUCACUGAUUUAAUUGUAGAUUGUAACGUGAGCGAAGACUUUAUCUUUAAGUCAACAGACGAAAAGAAUUCGUUCAUAGUCUGCACAUCAGGAAGUUCGGGAAAUCAAAAAUUAGCUCUCGUUACGCACUUACAGCAGCUGCAAUCAUACAUAUGGACGAAUGACUAUGAUGCUGAUUCAUUUGAUCUCAACAUGACUAGUUACUUCUGGCUUGUAGGACUUAAUAAUUUAAUAUUUCGUACGCUGCAUGUUCAAAAGCGGCUAAUUACAGCAAAACCAUUUACACCUGACUUAUUUAUCGACUUAAUAGAGAAAUAUGAAAUUAAUGUAUGCUUUUUGAUAACUUCAUAUCUCUGUCUACUAACGGAAUCGCCGAGAUUUUGGACUGCUGAUUUCAGUCGACUAAAAUAUCUUAAAACUGGUGGAAUUUACGUAUCGGAAACCUUAAGGCAAAUAGUUAAAGAUAAGCUAACAAAUGGAAUAGUUAUUGUCGGGUAUGGAAUGACAGAAUUUUGUGGUUUACUCGCGGAAACUCCACACGACUGUCAAUUGUCAUCAGCUGUUGGAGUUCCAUCAAUCAAUACAGAUGUAAAAAUUCAGCUAGAUGAUGGAACGACUGGAUAUUUAGGAGAAAUUGGUGAAAUUCUUGCGAGAAAUCCUGUCACAUUUUCUGGAUACUACAAAAAUCGACAUAAAGCGAAAUUUGAUGAUGAAGGAUGGCUGCACACUGGCGACAUGGGAUACAUCGAUGAAAAAUAUGAAAUCAACAUCAUCGGACAAAGGACAUUUGCCAUUAAAAAUGUAGUUAAUGAAAUAUUUCCAUUCGAUAUUGAGAACAAAAUUUGUACAUUAGAUGGAGUAAAUCAAGCUGUUGUAGUUGGAACUCCAGAUUCUAUAGAAAUAGAAAUUCCAACAGCUUUAGUUGUUCGUGAUGCUAAUAGUGAUGUUGAUGAGAGUGACAUACUGGAAGUGACUAGUGAUCUUCCAGCAUACAAAAAAAUUCGCGGUGGAAUUUUCUUUGUCGAUUCAUUGCCAACAACAAAUACAGGCAAAGUUGAGCGAAAAAAGUCAAAAGAACUUGCAAUCAAGUUGAAAAUUGAAAGAGAAUCUAGAACUGAAUAGUAACUCAUACCUGCUACUUAGUUCAUCCGUUUCU